UAAGUUAUUCCGCAAAUCUCUCUCUCUCUCUGAAAAUCAUGGAAGCUAAAGAGUUCUGUAGGGACUGCAAGCAAGAGACAGACGUCGUGUCCGACCACAGGUCGGGUGACACAAUCUGCACCGUCUGUGGUUUGAUCCUCGAAGCCCGCUACAUCGAUGAAACCGCCGAGUGGCGAAAUUUUGCCGAUCAGAACCCUGAAGAAGACCGGACUCGCGUCGGAAAAGCCUCCGAUCCGUUGCUGGAUAAUGGUGUUCUUUCCACUUGUAUAUUCAAAGAAAAGAAGAAAAACAACAAGAAGGGUACUGAUGCCGAUGGUAAUUUUCCUCCUAAUAAAUGGACCAAUAGGGCUGUAAACCCUAGCAAUUCUCUCCUAAAACCUUUCAAGUACCUCGAAGAGAUGGCCGACCGGCUAGACAUACACGAAGGCGUUCCGAAUUGCAUACUGGAUCAUGCCAAAGGUUUAUACAAGAAGGCCGAUGAUAAGAACUUCUGUAAGGGGAGAAAUUCUAACCCCAUAAUGGCUGCUUGCCUCUUGCUUGCGUUUGAAGAAAGCCAAAUACGCGAACACUAAAGGAAAUCACCAUGGUUGCCAAUGGGCCAUCUAAAAAAGAAAUUAGCAAGAUGAAAGAAGAGUUGAAGAGAAGAUUAGGGAUUGCUUCCAAGAUCAAAAGCGCCAUGGACCUUUGGCCGCGACAUUGUUCGAAUCUUGGUAUUAGUAGUAAAGAUAAGAAGGCUGUGGAAGAAGCCCUGAAGAAUUUGGCAAAUUUUGAUAUUAGGAGAAACCCUAAUUCUGUUGUGGCAGCGGUUAUGUACAUGGUAGUUCAGCUUUCUAAUGGGAAUAACUGUUCUGUUCAAGGUAUUUUAAACUCUUUUUAGUAAGCUUAUUUAUGCAUGUUUUAUAGCAAUUAAGCUUGCAUGGAUCUUUAAUUUAUAUAUGAUUAACUUCUUAAUCUUAGUAAUUAAGAAGCAUAUAUUAGAACUUAAUUACUGGGGAAGAUGGGUAGGAUGAUGGUUAGACUAGGCUAGAGAUUCAGGAUUCGAUACCUUCCUUAUCGUUUCAUUAGGGAGUAGAACAUAAUGAUUUUUGUACAGUGCUAAUAACAUCUCCCCGUUGAUUAAUAAAUGUCGGUUUUUGUUGUACUUUGA